UAACAUCUAAACCCUAACAAGCAAACACCUCUCUCUGGUUGUUUUUCUUCAUCACUUUGUCUCAGCUCACAGUUCCCAUUACUCAAUUCACUACCCUAAAAUCAAACAAAAUGGGAAUUUUCGAGCCAUUUAGAGCAAUUGGAUACAUAACAACCACAGUUCCAUUCUCUGUACAGCGAUUAGGCACAGAAACUUUCGUCACGGUUAGCGUCGGCAAAGCAUUUCAAGUCUACAACUGCGCAAAGCUCAGUUUAGUUCUAGUCAGCCCUCAACUCCCUCACAAAAUUCGCGCUCUAACCUCUUAUCGUGAAUUAACUUUCGCAGCUUACUCUAACCAUAUCGCGGUUUUCAAACGCGCUGAACUGGUGGCGACGUGGAGUAGACAUAUCGCGAAAGUUAAUAUACUAUUGUUAUUUGGUGAUUAUGUAAUGAGUGUUGAUGCUGAUGGUAAUAUGUUUAUUUGGGGAUUUAAAGGAAUUGAAAACAAUCCUGCACCAAUUGGACAUGUUAUGCUAGACGACAAUUUUACACCGACUUGUAUAAUGCAUCCUGAUACUUAUUUAAAUAAGGUUGUUAUUGGGAGUCAAGAGGGUUGUUUGCAGCUUUGGAAUGUUAGCACUAAGAAAAAGCUUUUUGAAUUUAAAGGAUGGAACUCGGCUGUUACUAGCUGUGUGUCGUCGCCUGCUCUUGAUGUUAUUGCUGUUGGUUGUGCUGAUGGGAAAAUUCAUGUUCAUAAUAUUCGUUCUGAUGAAGAGGUGGUUGCGUUUUCUCAAUCUUCGAGAGGCGCAGUCACAGCCUUGUGUUUUAGCACUGAUGGACAGCCACAACUUGCAUCUGGAAGUUCAUCUGGUGUUAUAAGUGUAUGGAAUCUCGAGAAAAGAAGGCUCCAGUCAGUUAUAAGAGAGGCUCAUGAUAAUUCAAUAAUUUCAUUACAUUUUUUUGCUAAUGAGCCAGUAUUGAUGAGUGCUUCGGCAGACAACUCAAUUAAAAUGUGGAUUUUUGACACUACUGAUGGAGAUCCUCGCCUAUUGCGCUUUCGGAGUGGACACAGUGCUCCUCCACAUUGCAUAAGGUUCUAUGCAAAUGGGAGACACAUUCUAUCUGCUGGCCAGGAUCGUGCCUUUCGUCUUUUCUCUAUCAUCCAGGAUCAACAAAGUAGAGAGCUUUCCCAGCGUCAUAUAUCUAAGCGAGCAAAGAAACUUAGGGUGAAGGAAGAAGAGUUGAAGUUGAAGCCUGUUAUUGCAUUUGAUUGUGCUGAAAUUAGGGAGCGGGAUUGGUGCAAUGUGGUUACAUGUCACACCGAUACUGCACAGGCUUAUGUAUGGAGGCUUCAAAAUUUUGUUCUCGGUGAGCAUAUCCUAAGACCUUGUCCAGAAAAUCAAGCACCUGUGAAGGCAUGUGCCAUCAGUGCGUGUGGCAAUUUUGCUGUUCUGGGUACAGCAGGUGGCUGGAUAGAGAGAUUUAAUCUUCAAUCAGGAAUUAGCCGAGGCAGUUAUGUUGAUGUGUCAGAAAGCAAAAGCUGUGCGCAUGAAGGAGAAGUAGUUGGAGUUGCUUGUGAUUCGACAAACACCCUAAUGAUCAGUGCAGGAUACCAUGGAGAUGUCAAGGUUUGGGAUUUCAAGGGACGUGGACUAAAAUCCAAAUGGGAAGUCGGUUGUUCACUGGUUAAGAUUGUUUAUCAUCGUCUUAAUGGUCUUUUGGCUACUGUAGCAGAUGACUUUGUUAUUCGUUUGUUUGAUGUUGUGGCGUUGAGGAUGGUCCGCAAAUUUGAAGGUCAUACUGACCGUGUUACAGAUUUAUGUUUUAGUGAGGAUGGAAAAUGGCUUUUGUCAUCUAGUAUGGAUGGGACUCUCAGAAUCUGGGAUGUUAUCUUGGCCAGACAAAUUGAUGCAGUACAUGUUGAUGUGCCUAUUACAGCAUUGUCACUAUCGCCAAAUUUGGAUAUAUUAGCAACUACUCAUGUUGAUCAGAAUGGGGUCUAUCUAUGGGUUAAUCAGUCGAUGUUCUCUGGGGUUUCAAGUGUUGAUGCUUAUGCAAGUGGGAAAGAAGUUGUGAAUGUCAAAAUGCCUUCUAUCUCUUCAGUGGAAGGUGCGGAAGCCAAGGAGAAAGAGAAGCCAACCAUACAGCCCUCACCGCAAAUUGAUGGACCUUCUCUUUUGCCAGCAUUUACUCAGCAAAUGCCUGAACUUGUUACUCUCUCAUUAUUGCCUAGAAGCCAGUGGCAGGGCUUGAUCAAUUUAGACCUCAUAAAGGUUCGUAAUAAACCAAUUGAGCCGCCUAAGAAACCUGAAAAUGCUCCUUUUUUCUUGCCUUCAAUUCCAUCACUGUCUGGAGAAAUUCUAUUUAAACCCAGUGAACCGGUGACUGACGAGAAGCAUACAAAGACUGACAAGGAGGAGAACAAUCAAAAACAACUCGAUAUGCCGUUAUCUCAUUUUGUGCAACUUCUACAGUCCUCCGCUGAGAUGGAAACUUUUUCAGCAUUUACCGAUUAUAUGAAAGGCUUGUCUCCAUCAACGUUGGAUAUGGAACUCCGAAUGCUUCAGAUUAUAGAUGAUGAUGACGACGAUGAUCAGAAAGAGCUGGAAAAGAGAGCCGAGUUUGUUGCUAUUGAGCUAUUGCUUGAUUAUUUUAUUCACGAGAUAUCUUGUAGAAACAAUUUUGAGUUUGUACAAGCUCUUAUUAGAUUAUUUUUGAAGAUACAUGGUGAAACAAUAAGGUGCCAAUCAAAAUUGCAGGAAAAGGCUAAGAAGCUUUUAGAAACACAAAGUGCAGCUUGGCAGAGAGUUGAUAAAUUGUUCCAAAGUGGGAGAUGCAUGCUCACUUUUCUUACCAAUUCUCAGUUUUAGGCAAUACCAAAGGCAUCUGCUGUUGUAUUUGUGAGUUGAGGUAGAGUUUGGUAUCCAAAGAAAUGGAGAUGGAAUAGAUUUCCAUUUAUUUUUUGUACACUAAUUUUGUUUAAAAAUUAAGUGCAAUGUCAAAUGGAAUGAAAUGUUUAUAGUUUUAGUAAAAGUAACAAAUUUUUUAUGUA